CCUAGCUAGCCAUGACGUGAUUUUCAUUAUCUAAUUUUUUUCGGACCCGAGCGGAAGCAAAAUUUUUAGUUUCCUAGUAUUUAAUUUGAAAAAGCAACCCAAAAAAUCCCAAGAUGUAUCAAAUGUCAAGAAUUGGUCCCGGACCAGCCGGAUACAAGUUGCCCCCCACAAUCGGCUUCGAUCAGCACGAUGUUCGCAAGACUCGCAAGCCCAUGUAUUCGAUGGUUCGGAGACCGGACACCCGCUACGAUACGCUUGGACCUGGUCCGGCACGUUACGAUCCCGGUAAAAUGACCCGGGAUGGAGCACCGCGCACCCCAAAGUACUCGCUGGCAGCGAGAUACGACACCUUUUCUCCCGAUAAAACUCCCGGUCCGGGAGCUCAUCAGAAUGACAAAGUUCCUUCGAUGAAAGGAAACAAGGCUCCCUCAUAUUCGUUUGGCGUUCGGUUGGAUAAAACUAUCAACGACAAUGUUCCCGGGCCCAAGUAUACUUAUGAUCUGAAUGUAUACAAGACUCGGAAUCCUGUCUACUCGAUGAGAACUCAGACGACACAGCCAUACGCCCGGGAAGGUCCCGGUCCUGCCGGAUACCCAGCUGGGAAUCGGAACAUAACCCACAGGCGGAUGCCGCAGUACAGCAUGAGACCCUUCUACUCGAUAGCCCGGGAUCGGGAUGCGAAACCGGGAGCCGAUCGGUACAAUCUGAUGGAACUGAAACCGGGAGCUAGUGCACCCCAGUAUUCCUUCGGCACCAAACACUCCAUGUGGAGACCACCGAUGAUUAUCCACGGGGACAACUGCUGAGACCGAAUAAACAAUAUCAGAUUUUGCUUUUUCUAA